AUAGAUAUAUAUCAUAACUAGAUUAACAAGGAAGAAUUACUAUGCAUACGAUCUAUUUAUAGUGCUUUGUCAAUGAUAAAUAUAUGAGAUAAGAAUUUGGCACAUCUAGAAAUUUUCCAUAAUGACACAAAAUGAAGAUAACGACAAUAGCCAUGAAAGCAAUAUUGGAUAUUAUACCAAAGAGCAACAAGUACUGGUGGACAGGACAUUAGCCUAUCAAGAAUGUAUGUAUUACGACAUCCUUGAAGUUCCGAGACGGUCACCUAUAGAAGUUAUAUCAAAGUCGUACAGGAGGCUGUCUUUACAACUACAUCCUGAUAAAAACAAAGCACCAAGAGCAGAGGAAGCAUGCAAAGUGAUAAACAACGCUUAUGACAAACUGAGUGACACAGAGGGUAAACAUCUAUAUGACACAGUAGAGCUACCCAAAAUUGAAGAACUCUUGAGACAAAGGAACAGGUCUCAUAGUUAUCCAGCGGAAGAAGACCAAAAUGCAAAAAAUCAGACAUAUUGUGAUCAUCAACAAGCAUUUGUCCGACGUAAAACUUUUUUUGAAAGGAUGGACGAAGAUUUUGUCAAAUUUUUAUUGUUGGUUGGUGUACCUAUACUUAUUCUGUUGUUGUAUCCAGUCGUCAGCUAUCUGUUUUCAUCUAACGAGAUUUUCAUGCUGCGCAGAUCAGGAGUAUACACAGAACAACGUUUCACUAGUGUGAGAAGAAUUCCUUACUAUGUAAAGAAAGGCUAUCAACCAAGUAAUCUACAAGCGUACCAUGAUUUGGAGAACAAUGUAGAAUUGAAAUAUUAUAGAAAAAAGAAUCCGUAUUCAUAAUAAUUAUUGUUGUAAUACAAUAAUUAAUAACUAUUCUGACAAAUACAUAUGAGGUAAAAGGAAACAGGCAUAAAUUAUCC